UGGCGCUGCGCGCCCGCUUGCCGCAGCCUCGCCAGGCCGGACCGCCUGGGCCGCGGAGCCGCUCUCGCCAUCCUUGGCGGUGCUGUGGCCUCGCUCCGCUCUCGCAGGUACUGGAGGUCGGUGUCUGCGGAAUGCGAGAGUUGGUGCGAGACAGCUUGAACUUCUGGGGAUUCCUCCGCCAGCCCGUUAGGCCGUGUCGUGCAUUUUGCUAGAUACCCAAAGAAAAUACUCCCUCCAGUGCCCUUUUCGGAUAUUAUGACUUUGCUUCUUAAAAACUGACGAGAAGACCCAACUCUUCCCGCUGCCAGGAACUAUCUUGUCUUUAGAGUCUGGGAUGAAGGCUAGCAAAUGAGAAAGCUAUGUCUUUGCGGCCCUUCCCUAACACUUCAGAGGAGCUUCGUUCCUACCAUUUUUCCAGCCUUCAGAUUUCUCCUGAGCAAUGACCCAGAAGACUCCAUCAGUUUAGUAUUAGAGUGAUAUUGUGCCCUGAGCCCUCAAAAUGGCAGCUAAAAUGGAGAUAACUUUGAGUACCCACACUGAGGAUUCUGACAAGCAAGAGAGACACAUAAUAAUGAAGCUGGAAGAGAAACGUGGGGACCCUCAGCAGAAAGCCUGUCCUGAUCCAGAGCUUUCCCGCCAGAGCUUCAGACACUUUUGUUACCAAGAAGUGUCUGGCCCCCAGGAAGCACUCUCCCGCCUGCGACAGCUCUGCACACAGUGGCUGCGGCCUGAACUACACACUAAAGAGCAGAUUUUGGAGCUUGUAGUGAUGGAGCAGUUUUUGGUCAUCCUGCCUCCAGAGAUCCGGGCGCAGGUCUGGCCUCGAUGCCCAAUGAGCAGCAGGGAGAUUGUGACUCUGGUGGAAGAUUUGCACACAGCAUCCAAAAAACCAAAGCAGUGGGUGACCGUUUGUAUGCAAGGGCAAAAGGUACUCCUGGAGAAAACAGGGCCUCAGUUCGCAGGACAAGAACUUCGAGACUUUCAACCCCAAACUCCUAGCAGAGACACUCAAGAGAACUCUCUGGAAGAGCCUUCCCAGGAAGGAUCUCAUGACCAGCUGAGUCCCCGUCACUGGGAGAACUUUGUCCGCCUCCAGGAACCGGUCCCCAAACUGCCUGAGACAGAGGCCUCCAGAAUGAGAAGUGACAACAAGGAAAAUCCACAGCAGGAGGGAGCAAAAGGUGCAAAGACAUUUGCCGUGUUACCUGGAAGGUCUAAAGGGAAUAGUUUGCACAGCCCUGAGCCAAGAGGGAUGAACAUGAGUGAAGCCCGAUUGUCAGGGUGGCAGGUCACCCAACCACAUGCUCAGAAGCCACCUGCUCUCUACCAGAGACAAUGCAGAGAGCUGGACUGUCUCAGCAACCCCCUCAGAGGCCACCCACUGAGAGAGCUAAAGAAAAGCGGUGGAGGCAGAAGCAGUCUGAGCAGCCUCCUGCAACGCCUUAGUCCCCAGGCAGCCCUCUCAGCCAAGAAGCCUUACAGAUGUGAUGACUGUGGGAAAAGCUUCACGUGGAAUUCGGAGCUGAAACGACAUCAGAGAGUCCACACAGGGGAGAGGCCCUACAUCUGUGGGGAGUGCGGAAACUGCUUUGCCCGGCAGUCAACUCUGAAACUGCACCAGAGAAUCCACACUGGGGAGAAACCAUACCAUUGCAGCCAGUGUGGGAAAAGCUUUCGCCAAAGCUCAAACCUCCACCAGCACCACAGGCUCCACCAUGGGGACUAAAGAAAUGCUGUGUGCUUUAGAGUCCUGGGGAAGGGCUUUCUGUCUCUCCUUUCCUUCCUUGCAUGUAAAUCACAGAAUGUUCCUGUGACUUACAGAGCAAGUGGCCCUUGGGGGACUGAUGGGUGAAAAUUCAACUGGUAAGAGCUCAAAGAGGCUGAUGGGGUCUGUCUGCAAAGAUGGCUGAUGCGGGUAUUGGGGCAGAAAGAACUGGCGUCUCAGCAGAGUGGGGACUAGUUAACUAAGGAAUAGUUAGGAUGACUUGCAAGUGGUUUUAAUUAAUUUAAUUAAUCUCAGUUCAGUUCUCCUGGUUGCUUUAUCUUCUAAAAUACAGUUAUUUUCAUAUGCACACAAGCAGUUCAGCAGUUUUCCAAGGAUAGUCUUUCUGCAACUAACUUUUUUGUUGUUAGUGGUGCUGGUUUUUAUAGCUCUGUCUGCUGGAACUCACUAUGUAUAGACCAGGAUAGCCUUGAACUCACAGAGAUCCACCCCCCUGCCUCCUGAGUGCUGGGUUUAAAGGUGUGCAAUCUACACCCUUCAGUAACAGACUUAACAAAAGACAAAUUGAGAUAUAUAUAUAUAUGUAUUUAUGUGAUGAGCAGUUUCUAAGUAAGUAGAUGGUACUUUUAUUUAAAAAAAAAUUUAUUUGAUGUGUUUUAUAUCAAAGUACUUUUGAUUUACAAAAGAUGUUGCAACUGCAGCCUAGGAUGUAAGGAGAAGUGAAUACUGCUCUGGUGGACAGGGGAAUUCUAUCUGUUCUUUCUCAAGCCAUUAGCUUUAAGACCGUGACUGGCAUGUUCACAGUGUUUACCAUUGGAUUUUGGCAAUGGUUAUACAAUCGGUGAUUCCAGGAAAGUUAUUGAAGCAAGUUAAUUUAUGACAGGUAAAUUAUACCUCCAUAGCAUUUUUAAAUAACAGAAUUCUAUGUUUAUAUAAAAUGUUAGAGUUCCAGAACUGGGUCUGUGACACCAUCCUCUGCCAAACUCUUGCUCACUUAAAGUAGGAAGAAGAACCCAAUCAAUAUCACCCUAAGCAAGCCCUGCUCUUCCUCAGCUCAGGCAGAUAAAGUGUUUCACCUUGUGUACACAUGGAGGAGGCGGCCAUUCUUCUGAAGGCACCACUAUGAAGUCACUGCCUUUAUCUCCAGUGUUGAGCCUGUCCUCACCUCUUUGCCAGCCCACAUACCAUUACUGGACAGAGCCUUUACAGUCAUGACCCCUCCCCCUCACAUACACAUACCCUUUCUUCUAGGUCAACUUCACUGUUGUCUUGUAGCCACUUCUUAGUCAUGUCUGUAUUUGUUUUCUAUUGGUGCUAUAACAAAUGACUGCAAACUUGGUGGCUUAGCACAGCUUCUCUUAUACUACUGGAAGUUAAAAGUCUGAAAUCAGUUUCACUCAGCCAGAAUCACCUUGGGCAGGGCUUCCCUUUCGGAGAAUCUGAGAGGUGAGUCAGUCUCCUUGAAUUUUUCAGCUAAUAUCAGCCUCCUACAUUCUUGAACUCAUGGCUCCUUCAUCCUCAAAGUACAUUCUUUGACUGUCCGUCUUGCCCAACCUUGUCUAACUUCAGCAUCUCUCUUAGAAGGAUGCUUAUAUUGGGUAUUGCAGGAUAAUCUCUCCCAUCUCAAAAUCGUUAAUAGCACCCCAGAAAAGUUCCUUUUGCCAUUUAAGGUAACAUUUGCUGGCUGCAGUGAUUAAGGUGUGAGUGUAUGUUGAGGACCAUCAUUUGGCCUACCUGUCCUGCCAGUGUACCUUGGGUCAGCUUAGUCACUCAAAGGCGAUCUCCCAAAGGGAAGGGACAAAGACUUGUUUCUAAGCGUUGGCGAAGGGACACUUCCUAGAGUUCUGUUACUUGGGAUUUUUCAUAGAGCUAGUGAGUAUGUUUCCUCUUUUCAGAUUACACAUUCGUAGUUGUUUAGUGUCUUCGGUACCUGUUCAGCUGAAGACCUUUAAUUUGUGUGACAGACUAACAGUGAACAUUAUUCUUUUUCAAAAGGUCAAGACGGGCUGUCGCCUUGCCUUCCUCUCCCCAGUGCAGUUGACCUUUGCAUGAGGCUCGCCUCCAGGCAGCUGACGGCACUGGAGGCCUUUGGGCUGUGUUUGUAUGUGGGGUUCCUUCAUCUCCUUUGCCCAUGCAUUCUUCGCCAGAGCCUCAGCAUCAGGUCUUGACCUAUUCUCUUUGCAGCCAGCUUCUCCUUCCUAGACCCCAAAGGAGAAAAUGGCCUUUUCCCUUUCACAUGUGGCUCUUGCUCCUAGCCAUCCCAUUGGCUGCCAUAUUUCUGGGUGCUGCCUAGCACAUACUGGUGUCAGGUUAGGGGGGACUCCUGCUUGUAGUGUUGGAUCCCUGAGCUACUCCCAGGGAGACCCAAGGAGAAAGGAAACAUGGACAAAUAGUGGAUGUCUAUACCUCUGAAGAGCAUUUUCGCUGCUCCAGUAGGGUGUAAACCAAUCCCACAUUACAACCAUCACUUUCCAUAAAAUUGGCAUUGACUCCUCACAGUACAACAGACUGUUACAUUUUCACUCCAACGUUUCCUAAAACUAAAAUGCUUCCUUUUUAUUUCUUCAUUGAAGAAUUACACAUACCAGAAAACGCGUGCACUUAUAGUAUACGGUUCAAUGGUUACAAUACAGUGUUUAGUUAGAGCUGUGCCUCUUUUUAGAACAUUCUCAGCCUCGCAGAGAAAGCACCCUUAAACAUUAGCAGGGAUGCCCUGUUCCUGUCACACCCUGUGCCUCUGGAGCAGAGUAUCUUCAGGUUCACACACGUAUCACAUAUCAGGACUUCAUUCCUUUUAUUCCCUAGUCAUGUUGCAUUGUAUGAAGGGGCAUUCAUUUAUCUAUUGAUUGAUGGACAUUGUGUAAUUGCACUCUAGCUAUUGUGAAUGGAACAUGUUGUUCACAACAAUGCUGCUGUGAACAUUGACAUUUAAGUUUUUGUAUUUCAUUCCUUUUGGGUACAUGCCUAAAGGUUGAACUGCUAGGUCACGUGAUAAUUUUCUGUUUACCUCUUUUACGAAACCUCAAACUAUCUUCCAAAGAGGCUGCACCACACUUUACAUUUUGACCAGCAAUGUACAAGGGUUCCAAUUUUUGUUGUUGUUGUUAAUGAUUUUGCCUUUUGAGACAGUCUCAUGGCUGGCACAGAACUCAGACUCCCAGCUGAGACUGACCUUGAACUCUUGCUCCUCAUGCCUCUACCUCCCAAGCGUCAGGAUGAUAGGCAUAUGUCACAUGUCCAGCUUCCUAAAGUUUGUCUUUGCUCUCCCAGUCAAUGUGAAGUGGUGUGUCAUGACGUUGAUUGUAUUUUCCCUGAUGACUAAUAACACAUUUAUUGAAUGUGUAUUUCCUUUGAAGAAAUAGCUACUCAAAGUUCCCAGCCCCUCUGGUGUUUUGAGACAGGGUCUUCUUGCUCUGUAGCUCUGGCUGGCCUAGAACUCAUUACAUAGACUACGCUGGCCAUGAAUUUGAGAUAACAUCCCUGCCUCUAUUUCCCAAACCUUUUGAGUCUUGCCCUGUAGCCUAGGCUGGUCAGGCUUGCAGCGAUCCUCCUGCCUCAGCCUGAGCCCUGGGAUUCCAGGUAUGAGCCAUCAGAACUUUCUUUGUGACCCUUUUAAAAUGCAUUAUUUAUCAUUUUUAUUGCUGUGUUGGAAGGAUUCUUUAAAUAUUCUGGAAUAAGGAACUUGUCAGGUGUAUGACUUGCAAACUGUUUCUCCCAUUCCUUUGUAAUACAUUCUUGUACAAUUGUUUUGUUUUUGCAGUGGGUGCUGAUAUAAUCUCCUGUAUAACUCAGGCUAGUUCAAACUCGCAAUCCAUCUGUCUUAACCAGUGGAAUGCUGGGAUUACUGAUGUACACCCAUGCCCAGCAGUACGCAUUUGUAAUAAAAACAGCUGUCACUUGCCAAAAUACAUGGGACCCAUAGUUUCCAAAUUGCCAGUAAAACAGUCUGACAUUCCUGUGAAUUAAGAAUGAAGUUUAGGAUUCUUGGAACAUAAUUCAUACCAGUUCUUGCAAGCCUGUUGAGUCACCCACAGAUUUUCCUGUACCAGUCAUGAGUACCUCACAGUUCCUAAGGGAAACUUAAAUAUCUAUUAAAAUGGUUCUGCUGUUUAGCCCUUGGAAUAAACA